AAAAAAGGGGGAGAAUUCGAUUCGCUUUCCGCUUUAAAUCCCCAUUCCCUCUUUCUCUCGCUUUGCGAGCUUCGCAUCGCCUCUCGGAGCGCACAGAGGAAGCGGGAGCUUGUCAAGUAAAGAAUGGGUCGUGGAGUAAGCAGCGGAGGUGGUCAGAGUUCUCUGGGCUACCUAUUUGGUAGUGGAGAGGCUCCCAAAUCUGUGGGAGAGACUGCUGCUCCAGCUCAGAAACCAUCUCCACCACCACCAGUUGACAACAGCAAGCAAAUUCCUGCAGGUAUCCAAGGGAACCUAGCAAACAACUACCAUCGGGCAGAUGGGCAGAACACUGGCAAUUUCAUCACGGAUCGGCCUUCCACGAAGGUGCAAGCUGCUCCUGGUGGUGGUUCUUCCCUAGGUUAUCUGUUCGGUGGUGGCGGCAACUGAUGAUAUUCUUGCUGCUUGCAGCAGCAAAACAUCGACCGAAAGGAAAAAUAUAUCUACUUGCAGCUGCUGGGAUGAAAAUUUGCAAUUUGUAGCUCGUAAAAGACUCAUGCUUAUGUAUUAUAUGUCCAUUGAAGUCUUGACUGUCACCGUUGCUUUGAACAACAAACAGAAUUCCUGGCUCUUCUAUUCCGACCUCUAAUUAAUCCCGCUGGCUCCGUAUGCCAUUUCUUGCUGAAGGUAAACUAUUAAAUA